GCCGAUGACGAAGAAGAAAUGUCACGUCAUUCGGCUGAGGCGCCAGGUUUUCAAAGCACUGAAUUCUCGGUCCAUUCUGUUUACAUGACUUAAUCGUUACGUUUUGUAUUUAGCGGCUUGACUUGCUGUCUCCACAAUGUCUGAAGAGUUGGGCUAUUCUCCCAGCUUCAAACGACCGUCGGACAUUAUGCGAAUGCGACGGAAAAGAGCCCGCAGCGAAGCUUUUUCCUCGAGCCCAAGUGGUGACACGGGCGGUAUUGAGAAAAGUGCCUCUUCCGCGUCGUCGUCAUGUGUCCGACCCUUUUCGCCCGGGCCGCUUUUCUUCAACGACCACACACGCUCCGUUGGUGGGAUGAAACGCAGGAACCCGUUCGCAAACAUUGACAGCAGACACAGCCCAGGGAAGAAACGUAACCUCGGCGGAAAAGGCGACAAUGAAGCCGGCGGAGACUUCACAACAAAAAGGGACGACUUGACUUUCUCCGAACUGUUGAGCAAAGUAGAAGAUACCGGACGACAAGAUAACGAUAAACAGAAAGGGUUUUCCCUAUCUGAAGAUGACUCUCUCUUCGAGGAAAGUGAGGAAGAUGUUAAAUCACAGCUGCUGAAGAGCCCACAGGCCAUUUCCUCUUUCUCCAUAGAAGCCCCUCUGUGCACAGAGUAUCCAGCCGACUGGAGCUUGAAGACCCGUCUCAUUUUUACUUCCUCACUGUCGCUGUCUUGGUCUGAGCAGCCCAAAGCUCAAGAGGAAGCCUCUGGGCUCAGCCAGCACUGCCGAGCACAGUUUAGCUCAUGGCCGCACAAUCUACAGGAUUCUAAGUCGUGCACGGAGCUUCGCUGUGCUUUCCAGCAGAGUCUGAUCUAUUGGCAGCAUCCCACUCUGUCUUGGGUGCCACUAUUCCCCAGGAUCAAGGCUGAGCGCAGAUUUACUGGAAAGAGCGCUCCCUGGGCACAUGACGCAGAACUGCAGCGGUGUCUCAUGAGUGAAUGGUCAGCCAGUCUGUCAUCACUCUACAGUCUACUAAAGGCCAGACUUUGUCCUUACUUCUAUGUCUGCUCCUAUCAGUUCACAGUGUUGUUUCGGGCCGCCGGACUCGGAGGCUCAGGAAGCAUGAAUGCCCUAAUUUCCCCUACGACCAGAGGCCUCCGGGAGGCCAUGAAGGCAGAAGGUAUCGAGUUCAGUCUGCCUCUAGUGGAGGAAAGGACGAUGAGCAGAGAGGCACCGAAUCUUCGCGAUGAGGAAUGUCAGCAAAAAGAUAGCUGUGAGCACAAAGACGAUGAAUUGUGCUCAGAUGACCUUGAAGCUGACGACGACGAUGAGGAUGGAGGAGGCAGCCUCUCGUGGCUGAAGGAGAUGGGAGUCCAGGACAAGAUCAAGAAGCCAGACCGCAUCAGUGUCCAAUUUCGCAAGGAGGGCCGAGCGGUGAGCGUGGAUCACAGGCCGGAGUCUGUGGUGUGUGUGGAGGGGCCGCACACAUUCACGCUCAUCAACUUCCUCAUCAACUGCAAGAGCGUGGUGGCAGCGGCUGGGUCUCAGGCCGGGCUACCGCCGACAAUCCUGGCCCCUGUUGCUUUUAGGGGUGCUGCAAUGCAUUCGCUCAAGGCCCGCUGUGUGAAUGUCAAGAGCCAGGUUGGUUCUUCCUACCAGAACACUAGCAGUAUGGAGGUAACAGGUCCAAUUCUGCCAUCCUCUCUGCAUGCCAUCACAACCCUGCUACGGCCUGCCCAGAAAGGAAACUUCUCGGCCACUCUUUACACACAUGCACCCACAGCCAUCUUGAACAUUCACGGAAGCAGGCAACAAUGCGCAAAUGGGUCAGAGGACCUCUCUGCAUUUGGUCUCCAUCCAGCCACCAUCCAGCAACUGCAGCAACCAUCCAGCCUGGGGAAGGCAGCGCUCACACAGAUUACCAUGAACAAGUACAGCUACACCUGGAAGACGUGAUUUGGUUCUGGUUGACUCAGCAUAGCCAAACGGGGAACUAAUUGGCUGAAGCUUCACCUUCAGGUAGGAGCCAUAGUAUUUGGUGACAAAUGGGCUGUCACAUUGGCUCAGCACAGUGAUCUCCUGCUGAAUAUCUUCGAUCUCGUCCUCAGCUUCCUCCAGGUCAAUGAUCUUGAUGGCCACCACUUUCUGAGUUCGAUUGUCAAUGCCUUUGAAGACCUCGCCGAACGAACCCUUGCCAAUGCGCUCCAGCUUGGUGAAGAGCUCCUCUGGAUCCACUCUGACAUUCUGCUUAGGAUGGAUGAGUAUUGGUACAUGCAGAGCGGGGCAGUGUGUGGGGUGUGGGGAAAAUCGUGGCUUUAAAGAUUAAUAACCUUCUUUAUAUUUGUCACAGGAAAAUCACUUACCACUCGAAUCAUCUGUAAAAGAUAGCUAUCUUGAUGCUGGUUCGUGUCAAUCACUUAAUAUUUGACAUUUUUCACACAUAUCUAAUAAAGACCCAAAAAGGCUGCGCUUACCUGCAUGCCUGGCAGGUUCCCAGGGGGAUGGGCCAUAGUGGGAUUGGCUCAGGGCUCCUUAGCUAAACCAAUGUCCACCACUCGUUAUGUUUCGCAAGUGUGGGCAGCUGGGCCCACGGGACUAUAAGGUCCGGAUAAUGUUUAGCCGCUAUUGUGGGGCUCAAAUAGUGUCAGACCCUGCCCUCCAAAAUAAACUGCAUCAUUAAAGGCUGGACAAGCUAACAGACGCUUACAGUUAGACAGGCGAUGAUCUCAGAGUUAUUCAACUCCUUCCUUUAAUUUGACGCCCGGAAGACGUUAAGCGAUAGCAGCAAUUUCUCAUGUUGUUCGGGACGCAAUAGGAAGUUCUUACAAAGCCCGUAGCCCGCUGUCACUUUGUAAAAGUGAAGUCUUUCGGUUAGUACUAGCUCGCUACAUAGCUAGCCAAUCAUAGCAGACAACCGAACCUUGUCAGCUAGGAGUGGCCUCAAAGAACAA